AUGAUGAGGCAAUCAUCUCGUCGUUUGACGACGUUGGCUCGCAAUGCUGCUGCUGCUAGUAGUAGAAGCCUCAAUUCUACUAGUAGUAGGCUAGCAGCAGCAGCCAGAGGAGUGUUUCCCAAAGCCAUGGCAGUUCCAUGCCUGGAGACCCCUUAUUAUUGGAGGGAUUCUCAUCAUCAUUCUUCACCAUCCAUGUCAUACCGUCACUUUUCGUCGCAGCCCUUGGGAAAUGUCAUGGGAGGUGGUCAACAGCAACCACCACAAAAGUCAGCGUUGGAACAGUAUACCGUCGAUUUGACAGCCCAAGCCGAAAAUCACAAACUGGAUCCCAUUAUUGGACGACACGAAGAAAUCCGUCGAUGUCUGCAAAUCUUGGCACGAAGGACCAAGAAUAAUCCCAUUUUGAUUGGAGAGGCUGGCGUGGGGAAAACGGCCAUUGCGGAAGGAUUGGCACAACGCAUUGUCAGUGGAGAAGUCCCCGAGUCCAUGAAAGACAAGCGAGUCCUACGUUUGGAUGUCACUGGGUUGGUCAGUGGGGCCAUGUUUCAGGGACAGUUUGAACAACGAUUGCAGGAUGUCAUCAAGGAGGUCCAGGCACAAGCGGGAAAGAUUAUCCUCUUUAUUGAUGAGAUUCAUACCAUGGUGGGAGCAGGACGCACCGGACAAGGUGGCAAUGACAUGUCCAACAUGUUAAAGCCUGCCUUGGCGCGAGGAGAGCUACAGAUGCUGGGGGCAACUACGCUUGAUGAGUACCGCAUCAUGGAAAAGGAUGCGGCCUUGGCGCGACGCUUCCAGUCGGUGUAUUGCAAGGAACCGGAUGUGGAAGAUACACUUUCUAUUUUGAGAGGGCUCAAGAACCAAUAUGAGUUGCAUCACGCUGGAAUUCGUCUUCUAGACGAAGCACUGGUCGCGGCAGCCACCCUUAGUGAUCGAUAUAUAACGGACCGAAAGCAGCCUGACAAGAGCAUUGAUCUUGUGGAUGAAGCCUGCAGUCGAUUGCGACUGGAACAGGAAUCCAAACCCGAAAUCAUUUGGAAAGUUGAACGCGAUUUACUGACACGACAAAUUGAAUUGAGUGCCCUGGAGAAUGAAGAUGAUCCCAAAUCGUUAGCACGAAAACAGUCUGUCCAAGAGCAAGUCGAUCGACUCAAGGCAGAAAUGGAACGGUUGACGAAUAUCUGGCAACAAGAAAAAAAUGAACUCAACAAGAUUCGGGACCUCAAGGAAGAAUUGGAACAGGCAAGGGCCGAAGCGGACCGGGCCAGGAAACGUGGAGACUACACAAAGGCGGGUGAGAUGCUCCACGGCGCAAUUCCAAAGCUUGAGGAUCAACUGGCCGAACUGGAACUAGCCGAAGCUGAGGGGGGCAACAAUAAGAAAAAGAAGAACAAAAUGCUAGAAGAGGCGGUCACAGCGGACGCGAUUGCUACCAUUAUCGCACGACACACGGGUAUCCCAGUGUCUAGAAUCACUGGCAGCGAAUCGCAAAAGUUGUUGACCAUGGAGGACAAGCUUCGGGAGCGUGUAGUUGGUCAGGACCAUGCUUUGGAAGCUGUGUCCAACUGUGUACGACUGGCCAGGACUCGGCUUCAGGCAAACGAUCGCACUCUGGGAAACUUUUUGUUCCUCGGUCCGACCGGAGUUGGAAAGACGGAGUUGUGCAAAGCGCUAGCGGAGUUUAUCUUCGACGACCCGAAUGCCAUGACUCGGAUUGAUAUGAGCGAAUACGGAGAGAAGCAUACUGUGUCGCGCUUGAUUGGAGCCCCACCUGGCUAUGUCGGCUACGACGAAGGCGGCGUCUUGACAGAAAGCAUUCGACGACGCCCCUACCAAGUUAUCUUGUUGGACGAAUUCGAGAAGGGCCACCGCGAUGUGUGGAAUCUACUGUUGCAGCUGUUUGAUGAAGGUCACUUGACUGAUUCUCAUGGGCGUCAAGUGGAUUUCCGCAAUUGUAUCAUCGUCAUGACUUCCAACCUUGGUGCGCAUGUCCUAGCCGAUCUCCCUUCGCACUUCAAGGGCACGGAACCGGAGGUCGAGGAGAGCAUCAUGGAUGUUGUCCGACACACGCUUAGUCCCGAGCUCUUGAACCGCAUCGAUGAAACGGUGAUCUUUAAUCGUUUGCAACGUGAGAACAUGGACCGUAUUGCAGAAAUUGGGGUUCAAGAUAUUGCUCGACGUUUGGAGGACGGGCAGAACAUGAUUCUUGAUGUCAGCGGUCCGGCUCGAGACUGCAUCGCUGAAAAGGGCUUCGACAUCCGCUAUGGUGCGAGGCCACUGAAGCGUGCUCUUGCGAAAGAACUACUCAAUCCACUUAGUCGCUUGGUCCUGGAAGGAUCCGUUAUGGAUGGUGACAGAGUGUUGGUACGAACACGAGGGGAGGCAGAGAAGGACAAGGAUGAUUUCCCGCACGGUUGGAUCAGCUCCAGCCCAGCCUCCACCGACAAGAAUGAUGUUGUGAUUAUCCGUAACCACGAGAUUAAGCCUCCUAACGAGGAAAGCUGGGACGAUGAGGAGAUUUUGUUAGAUGAUGAAUCCCAAUUCGGUUUGGAGGAUGGGCCACAAGACAAGAGGUAG